AUGGAAACUGGAGGACUUGCUCGCACUUUAACGUUGAAAGUUGGUGCAAAGGUUAUGUUGACGGCUAACAUUGAUAUUGAAAGCAAACUCACAAAUGGACAAAUAGGAACUGCUUAUCAUAUUAAGAUGGAUAGUGUAGUUAAUGACCUGAAGGUGGUUUAUGUUAAAUUUGAAGAUGGCAGUAUUGGAAUUAAGCAAAAGAAUGCAGAUGUAUAUGGAAAAAAUGUAGUACCUAUAACAAAAUCAGAAACCAAUAUUUUUCUCAAAAAGAGUGCUUCAUCUGUGACUAAUAAAAUAACACAAUUUCCAUUAAUGUUAGCAUGGGCAUGUACUGUGCAUAAAGUUCAAAGUAAGCAAAUUCCAGAUGUAGUGGUGAGCUUCAAUCUGCUGAAAGAGAAAGGUUUUAAUUAUGGUCAAAUGUAUGUAGCGCUGAGUAGAGUGACUGCUAUGAAGGGAUUACAUUUUAUAAGAGAAUACAAGUCACCUGCUAUACUUGCUGAUCCAAAAGCCAUUUUAGAAUACGAAACAUUGCGAAAUAAUUAUAUCAUGACCCCUAUCAAUCGUUUAUGUAAAGAUGAAUCAUUAUUGACCGUCAUAUUGCUGAAUGUACGAUCACUGAAAAAACAUGCCACUGAUAUUUUAUCAGAUAAAGCUUCAUGUGAUAGUGACAUAGUGUGUCUUACUGAAACUCAGAUUUCUAACAAUGAUGACUUGGGUUUGAUCAAUUCGACCUUGAAUCAAUUCACAAUAGAGCAUAGUAUAAGCAAUGAUAAAUUUUGCAGGUUAGCAUGUUGUGUUCAAUCAAAUAUCGGGAUUGUUGAUAUUUGGACGUUAAAAGGUGCGCUGCUGGUUACUGUAAAAGUGUAUGCUAUUCAGGAACAAGAGUUUAAUAUUUUGUUGUUAUAUCGUAAGCAAUCACUAUCAGUGACGUACUCUCUGUAUGAAAUAUCACACUUUGUGUCUGUCUGUCUUUCAAGGUAAUAUCUAUAUUAUUUUAGGAGACUUUAACAUUAAUGCACAACUGUUAACUCUUCUAUUCAACUUGAAAAUGCAUUAAAAAAUUACGACAUUAUUGUCAAUGAACCGACUCACAUUUCAGGAUCACUUAUUGGCCAUGUGUACAUUAAAAAUGAUAUUUGCUGACUCGCUGAAUGUAACCUAUAUGAUAAAAAAUGUUUGUUUUUUCAGAUCAUGAUGCAGUGAAAGUCAAAAUAGCGUCAGCCAAUACACCGUCUGAGUGCAAAUGUGUUCCAAGGAGUCACGAUUUUUUUGCAAAUUGUGUUGUCGGAAAAAAAGAAUUAUGCUUAUCUCCUUGAAGAAUUUAGUCAUAUAACGAUUAAAAAGAUUUGAUCCACCCAUGAUGAUUGACUAGUCUAUAUAAUUUGAUUUAUUACGUUAUAUUUAUCAAGAGAAUGAAAAGAUGCUAAGCUAAAAUGUCAUAAUUAUGAUAGAAAUUAAUCAGGUUUCUCAGAAAAACUUUUUAACAAUUUAAAACAGAUGUGAUACGUGUCUCAAUCGAUUUUCUAUCUUUUGUAAUUGCUCAAGUUUCUUCACAAGAAGUCGUUCUGUUAAUGAGAAUUUUACUUGGUUGGAGACGGGUUUUUAUUUAGUGGUUCCAGGACUGAGACACAAAAGUCUGAGACACUGACUGACAACAAGUUUAUAAGGUUGCAUACUUGAAAUUCAUGUCUCAUGUCCUGGUAGUUUUCAGUUCAUGGACUUAUUAUCUUACUUUUGUUCAAAUGUUUUUCAUAAACACAGCAUAUAAUUCUUAUAUUUUACAAAGAAAAACUUUCAUGUAAACUAUAUUUUGGUGUAUAUUGUAUAUCGAAAAACGUUUAUAAUUUUUUUUUAUUUUUUUCAUUUUAAAUGUUUAUAACGCAUGUGAACUCAAUAAUAAUAUGAAGCAAUCUGCACAACACACGAAGUGUUACAGAUGAAUAAUUGACAGUCUCGGCGGUGUAUUAGAGAAAGCGAGAACUCAUAUUGGUUAUAAUCCUUCAUAUGAUAAACAUUGUUGUAUCCAUUGAAGUGACAAUCAAAAGCAAAUUGUAUGAAAAUAAAGCAAGUGGUGAUAGACAGUUUAUCGAACCAAACGAUUAUACGAAAGCAUGAAUGAAGCACACAUGUUUCAACUUUACAUUUCAAGUAUCCUUCGCUCCAUUCAUAGAAAUGGUGAUUAAAACCGAAUACAUACGGGUGAUUAAAAUAUAGUACAAUGAAGUCAAUACACAAAAACAUGAAGCAUGCGUGUUACACCAGUGAUCAUACAGAAAGAACAUAAAUUUAUAGCUGUUAUCAGCUGUGUGUCUUAUUGUCAGACAUGGACCUGCCCUAUGAAGAGAGCGAAUGACCCGGAAAGAUUUACUAACUCUGCUGAUCAACUUAUUCAUUGUUUUUUUGUCCGGAGAGACACAUUCGUUGAAUUUGGAAAACCAACAAAAUGGUUACGGUGCUAUUCAUCACAUGUACAGUCGGACAUUCGUUUUGGUAGUGAUGAUUUUGGAAGUUAGUUGCAUCCACUUCAUAUUAGGCGUGUUGUGUAGGCGUGUGUGCGUGUUUGUGCAGGAGGAAGAACAUUGAAUUAUUGAAACAAACCUUGAUAAAUAAAUGUUAAAAUAUGCAUAACAAGUUGAUAAUUUUCUACCAAUUUUACAAAACCUAAUUUUUGGUACAUGGCUGCCCUAUCAGGAGAGAUUUAGUAAACGAAA